GACAUUAUAUACUGAUAUUAACCUAACUUUUUAAAUUUAGUGUUGACAUUUGUGAGAUUUUUGUAUUUAUAUUCGUUUGUCAAUAUCAUAUGAAUAAUUGGUGACUAAUUUUCAAAAACUAAGUUAAAUUGUCAGUGAUUUCUUUAGUACUACAGUAAUAAUUUUUGUGUAUAUACAACAAAUAAACAAUGGAGUGGUUAUUUGGGAAAAAGGUUACUCCAGAGGAGAUGCUUAGAAAGAAUCAGAGGGCCUUAAACAAAGCCAUGAGAGAUCUGGACAGAGAAAAAAUGAAGAUGGAACAGCAAGAAAAAAAAGUUAUUGCAGAUAUAAAGAAAUUAGCAAAAGAGGGACAGAUGGAUGCUGUAAAAAUAAUGGCUAAGGAUCUAGUUAGAACGAGAAAAUAUGUUAAGAAAUUUAUGUUAAUGAAAGCAAACAUACAGGCAGUGUCCUUAAAAAUUCAAACAUUACGGUCUCAAAAUUCCAUGGCCCAAGCAAUGAGAGGCGUCACUAGAGCAAUGCAGAGUAUGAAUAGGCAGCUUAAUCUUCCUCAGAUUCAGAGAAUAUUGCAAGAAUUUGAAAAGCAAAGUGAAAUAAUGGAUAUGAAAGAGGAAAUGAUGAAUGAUGCUAUUGAUGAUGCAAUGGCUGAUGAUGAAGAUGAAGAAGAAAGUGAUGCUAUUGUUUCACAAGUAUUAGAUGAACUAGGACUGCAAUUAAAUGACCAAUUAUCCGGUUUACCUCAAACAGCUGGUUCCUUGCCAGCAAGUGGUCAGAAACAACCGGUUGCUGCUGCAGCUGCAACUGGAGGAGGUGGUGGUAAUGGAGCAGUAUCUGAUGCAGAUGCUGAUUUACAAGCUAGAUUGGACAACCUACGAAGAGAAUGAUUUUUUCAGGUAAAUACUACUUACUAUUUAAUAAUUUGUGCAAACUAGAGCUGUAUUAAACAAAGAGCACCUAUUAAUGAAAGUAACUUAAUAAACACUUUAAUUUUAUAAGAGUACUGUUAUCUAAAUGUUUAUAACGUGUAUUGCUUAUGUUUUUUGUAAUAAAUAUUUUACUUAUUUUUUUGGCCAGA